AUGCUGGCCCGACGCUUGGGCGCGACGAGGCUUUCUUCUCUGCCCAAAAAAACUACUGCUGGGCUGCCGAGAGCCAUUCUUACUCGCAAUGCGUCGAGUUCGUCGUCCUCUGCGUUUGAGUCUUUCCUCAAUUCGCGUUUGACUCUUGUCUCUGUAUCGCUUUUUACUGCUGGCACGGUUGGCUGGUAUACCCACCUCUACGGCUCGCUCCCUUUCAUUCCCCAAGUCCACGCCAGCCUCGAUAGCGACGAGGGUCUUCAUCCGCCUGCGUACCCAUGGUCUCACAAAGGCAUUUUCGAUACCUUCGACCAUGCGAGCAUUCGUCGAGGCUAUCAAGUUUACCGUGAGGUUUGCGCCGCAUGCCAUUCUCUCGAUCGCAUUGCGUGGCGUAAUCUGGUUGGCGUUUCUCAUACGGUCGAUGAAGUCAAAGCUAUGGCCGAGGAGGUCGAAUAUCAAGAUGGUCCCAACGACGAAGGCGAAAUGUUCAUGCGCCCGGGAAAGCUUGCCGAUUAUAUGCCUCCUCCCUAUCCCAAUGAAGCAGCCGCUAGAGCCGGAAACGCAGGUGCUUUGCCUCCAGACCUCAGUUUAAUCGUCAAAGCCCGUCAUGGUGGUGCUGACUACAUUUUUGCUUUACUCACUGGCUAUGUCGACGCCCCUGCUGGUGUUGAAGUCCGCGAGGGAAUGAACUAUAAUCCUUUCUUCCCUGGUGGUGCGAUUGGUAUGGCGCGUGUUUUGUUCGAUGGAUUGGUGGAAUAUGAAGAUGGCACCCCUCCAACCACCUCUCAAUUGGCAAAGGAUGUGGUCACGUUCCUUAACUGGGCAGCGGAACCAGAGCAUGACGAGAGGAAGAAGAACGGAAUCAAGGCCGUUAUCCUUUUCUCUGUUUUGACUCUCGUUAGUCUCUACGUCAAGCGUUUCAAAUGGACCCCCAUCAAGAACAGGAAACUCAUCUACGAUCCCCCAGCAGACAAAAAGCAUUAA